ACCACCUGGGUUUUUUUAACGAAAUCUAAGCACACGGGUGUUUUCGCAUUUUGCCCCCAAUCGAAAUGCGGCCGCCGUGGCCAGGAUUCGAUCCCGCGACUUCGUGCUUAGCAGCCCAACACCAUAGCCACUAAGCAACCACGGCGGGUAAUUUGGAAAUAAUUGGGCAAUUGCGUAUGAAAAACUGGGCAUGUGCCAUUGGGUAUGUGCCGCUCUUCAAUUAAAAAACAACAAAAAAAAGGAAGCGUGAGAGUGGAUCCCAGCCACUCCGCACUUUUACAUAUCACAGCUCUGUCUAUGCCUUUCACGUUAUCACUUUCAUAAUUAUAAUUAUCACGAUAAUCAUCAUAAUGAUCAGCAUAACAUAUAAAACAUAUCCCCCCAUCACCAAUUACACACCCGUCAUAAAAAAUAUUGCUAAUCGCAUUAAUGUUGCCAAUCAUCUCCAAAAAAUGGAUGUGCUGUCAAUUUUUUUUUUUUUUAGAAGCUUGUGUCAAUAAGUUCUUUGUGUGUGAUGGUGUAUUCUAAAUGCUGAUAUUAGGUUUGUUUGUUUUCCCUGCCCGUUUACUUCUUUUCAGGCAGCAAUGGCUGGGGCUAUUGACACUGUGCUGUAGCUGCUUGCUGUGCGGAUGGAGGACUUGGCACCACAGCUGGGUGGCAUACUCGUCGGUGACACCAGCAGUGAUGAGCCCAACUCACAGAGCACACUGUAUUCUGGCGGCAUCAGUGUCCCUGUGACCUUGGUGGUGUCGGGUGGCCUCCCUGACCAAGCAGAUAUGGAAACCCACAGCAGUGCCAUGUUGUCCACUCUAGCACUACAUACUGAUGAUGGUUGUGGCCCAGCAACACAAUUUUUUCUUGAGCAACUAGCUGAUGGCCAAACACGCCUAAAAACUGCAGACGGGCAUAUGUUGGAAGUUGACAUUGACCCAGGAACUGUUGGCCUUGUUCAAGGGAAUUCUGGAGUUCCUGUGCUACUCCAGGUGUCACCUGAUGGGACAUUACUCCAGAGAGAUGAUGUGCAGAUAGCAUUGGCAGCAUCGGGCGCAGUGGCUGAUAACUCCACUGACAGCACAGAGGAACAACGCGAGGGAGCUGGCAGCUCUACACCUUGUGAAGACUCGGAAGAACCCAUGUUUCAAGAUGGGGAGCCGAUGCCUCUACAGAUGUACCUCCAGGUGGGUAAGGAAGCAGCUGAUGAGAACAGUGCCUCCAUGGAGGAUGUUGUCCAGGCAAAUACUGGCACUGCUGUUGCCAUUGUCACUCCUGAUGGUGACGAAUCGGAUGCUGAUGAACUGCCAACACCCACUGUUGUUCGACGUGUAGAGCGAGUGGAACGUCUGGAGGAUUUUAUGGAUGUGGUGACUACAUAUCACUGCAAGUUCUGUAGCUUCUCCUGUGCCUGGCGCUCUGGACUUAUGUCCCACUUCAGGAGUUGCCACGUGGCCCCAUCAUCAGGCAGCAGCUUCGAUCCCAUUGAACGACCUGUUAACAGCAGACCCGCAGUAAAGCCAGCAUCCAAAACUGCCCGAGCAGGCAGCAAUGCGGUGGCUUUUGCCCUGACUACAACAGGUCCUGGUUUGAACACUGCUGUUGCUGGCGCUGCUACUGGUGCAGGAGCUGAGCCAAGCAUAGAAGUUGACACUGGUGCUACGCAGCCUGCAGUGACUGGUCCAGAGGAGCCUCCUCAGCCUCCCACCGGCACACCAGCCAACACGCAAGUCAGUGAAACUACAUCAAAGCUGGCUACUGACACUGUACCCAGUCGUGCUCCUAUGGAUGCUUCCUUAGUGCUGGAGAGUGCACUGGCCAGUAUGGUGUCCACUGGCAGCAAUGAAGUGCUGCCAAGUGGCAGCAGCCUGCUCCCAAGGGGUGAGGAUGGUCAACCAGUGCCAGCCCAAGAGCGACACAUUUUCAUCUGUGGACAGUGCAGUCAUGGCUUUGGCUCCCUGGAUGAAUGCAAGGAACACAUGGUUGAGGUACAUGACUUGAAAGUUGCUGCCGAGUGUGGUGUAGAGUCAAAGAAGACUGCAACUGGCCGCAAGCGAGGCCGGCCACGAGUUAUGCCUGAACUAUCCAGCAGUGCAUCCGGCACAUCCUGCACAGCUACUACUGGCUCUGAUGUGAUCGAAGGUGCAUUGCAGUCUGUUGAUGAUGGGGAUUUGGAUGAUGGCAGCAAUGAAGCACUUGGCAAGCGUAGAGUACGCCCUCCUAAGAACCUCGAGGAAGACUACUUAGUAGCUCCAGCUAGAAGACGGCGUGCAAAGAAAGAAAAUGCUGCUGAGAGGCAAUACAGGUGCGGGGAACGCAGUUGUGGUUACCGUUUCCGUACUGAAAGCAGCCUUGAAUAUCAUGGGCGGUGCCAUACACCCACUGGCACCCGACCAUACCGCUGUCCAGAGUGUGGGGAACAGAGAGACCAUUGGCGCAGCCUUGCUAUGCAUCUUUGGAGAAGUCACAUGCUGGACUUGGACUUGCACAGGUGUGCUCAGUGCGAGUACCGGACAUUCAGUGCUUUCAAGCUUGAGAACCACGCACGAAUUCAUAGUGAGGAGCGUGACUUCACAUGUGCCCAGUGCGGAAAGGGUUUCAAGCAGCUCUCACAGCUACGUAACCAUCAUGUUGUGCAUUUGGACCGCAAGAACACACCACAUAAACGUUGGUACAGCCAGCAGACCUGUGAACUUUGUCAGCGCACAUUCUCAGACUCCAAAUGUUUACGCAAGCACCAUCAAGCAGUUCAUGGAAAGGUGAAGCCAUAUGUGUGCUCGUUCUGUGGCCACAUGUCUGCACGCAAGGCCAUGCUACAACUGCACCUCCGCCAGCACACAGGGGAGAAGCCAUUUGCAUGCAACCUGUGCGAGUACCGCACAGGCGACCACAAUUCACUGCGCAGGCACAAAAUGCGUCACUCUGGUACCAAGCCGUACAAGUGCCCACACUGCCCUUACGCCUGCAUCCAGGCUAUCUCAUACAAGAUGCACAUGAAAAACAAGCAUCCUGGCUUGGAUGGAUUGUAUGCCUGUUCACUAUGCAGUUUUCGUUCAGUAAGCAAGGAGAACUACACCAACCACAUGUCAGACCAUAAACGAGGUUUCCUUGCCGUGCCUGCCCAGCUUUCCAGUCCGAGCACAGCCAACUCUACAGCUAGCACAGAAGGCGAAGGACUGCAGUUGCCUGAAGGCACCCUGCAGCAGCUGGAAGGUAUUCUACCAGGCAACUUAAAUGCAGCUCAACUCAUCUAUAGCUGUUUAAGUGCCCUACAGCAGGAAGGGGGAUCUGCCAACCUGCCUCCUGGUGUAACUACAUACUCAACUGGUGAUGGCACACAGACAAUCACUAUACAGGUUCCCUCAUCCACAGCAGGAGAUGACAGUGGAUCAUCACUUCUGGCAACACCUUCUGAACAAGACCAGUUUUAUUUGACAGUACAACAACAGGAAGAUGGAAGUAUGGCUUACCUGAGUGGGGAGGGAUUUUCGUCACAGGGAGCUGAUAUGGACGACGAUGCUGCAGGCCUCAAGAUCAGUGCUGUGCACUUCACAGGAAGCAGAUAAUGCUGUUUCAAAGGCUCCUAUACCCUGGAACUGCUGCAUGUGAACUGAAACAGGCCCAGAGUGCGGAAACUCAACUUUCACAUCUGCAUCAUCAUCAUUAGAAGCUUGAUGCUCAUGCAAACAGUAUCUGUUGACGCCAUGUGCAGCUUCUGUACUGCAGGCCUCACAGUUGUGCCAUGAGCUCAGUUCAGUCUGUGAUUAGGUUGUGAUGGUGUGCUUUAUGAGUACUAUGAGGCUGCAUUUUAACACAUUUUUGUUUUGUGGUAGAACUGGAAUGGUGGGCUUUGACCCUGAGUACUGUGAAGCAGAUUUUUUUUCCUCUUAAGCUGUCAGGCAGCCCAUUGUUUUUACUUGUCUACAGAUUUUUUGAAUGAGGAUGCUAUUGCCAAUUUUUUGCAUGAUAAUUCAAACGAGCCUCUGGUUCAGCCAGACCAACAAUUUCUGUUUUUAUUUGCUAGAUGAGCAAUUCUUUUUUACUAUACAAACUAGCAGAAGGUCUAGUAUGCUAAUUGUUUGAACAGUUGCUUGGAAAAUGGUGCACUGUACUGUGAUGCUGCUCUAUAUCACGUGGUGUAGUAUGCAUGAAAGGAAAAGCCCUACUCCGCAGUAACAAUGAAAAAGAUUUUUAAAUAGAGCAUUGCGUGGGUUUCAUCAGAAUAAUGCUAGUUUAUUUUUUUGCUCUUUUUUGUUUACUAUUAAAUGUUGCUUAUUUCAGAUAGCCAGCGAUAGAAUUUUUUAACAAAUGCUAGAGGCUACUUUUCAUGGUAGAGUGUACUGCAUGCCAGCUCGUGUUUACGUGUAUUAGAGAGGUUUAGCUGAGCAUUUAGCUUGCCACAACUGUUCAGGGGGAAUGCCAGUGCAUGUGCGUACAAUGCUCAUGCCAGCAGUGUAAGGUAGAAGAACACUGCCCUCAUUCCGCUGCCGAAACAGUUGAGGAGAGCGUGGUAGUACGUCCACUUGGCUUCGUCAUUUUGCAGCCAAGCUGACAGCACGUUGCUAGCUUUUCUGGGAGAUGCCUUCAUGAAAAAUUCGAUAUCAGUGCAGUUAUCUGCAGUGCCCAAGUGUGUGAAAAGUGAACAGAGCAGACCGUAAGCAGCACUCAGCUAUAACUGUCUGUCAUGUGCAACUGAGCUGUCCAGUAGGCUUGAGUCAUUGCUGGAAUGUGGACUUUUAAGCUAGCACUCUACCAGAAAGGAACUAGUAUAGCAUAUCAUGGAUGCCUUUUUGUUAAUUUUUAAUUUUACCAUUGUUGCAUUUUUUAUUUCUUUGUUUGUUUGUUUCUUAGUAGAGCAAAGCAAAUACUUCUGAAGUGAAGGCUUUGAUGAUGUUUUGCAAACAAUUUCGAUAAAUCUGUACUGGAGCUCAGCUUUGCAGUGUCCUUUUACAUGUUGCGCUCUCACAAAUUGCAUUGACUAGCCAUAUUACAUUGUGGAACUCGUUUGACGAUGCAUGCCGUCAGGCGAGAUUGUACUGCAUAUUUAAAAUUGCAAAGCAUAAACCAACACACAAGAAAAGAAAAGGAACACUGUGUAGAACUCACUGUGCUAUGCUUUAUGUCUGACCUUUGUCUCUUGUUCAACCUAGCAUUUGUGUAAUGCUUAUAUUUUACUAUUUGUUAUGUAUUCAGUGUUGUGCAGCAUGAGGUGGAUAUAAUGUGAACACUGGAACACUGCAGCAGAACAUGGCUCCCCAGUUGAGACAGAUGGAGCAACUUGCACCGCUGCAAAAGUUUUAUUUCCCUGCUAGGGGAGCUGGUGUUGCCAGCAAAAGUUCGAGCAGUGAUAGCAUCACUGUGAUGUGAAGAAAUGCAUUCACAUGCCUACAGAAUGUGUUUCACUGCUUCAAAUUUAUUAUCAUUAUAAUGAGCAAAAUAUAACAAGUAUGUAGAGCAACAGUAGUUGCCCCCUUCCCCCUCCCCUUUCCUAUUUCUUUACUUGAGCCUUGAUUUUUGGGAACUUCUCAGUUUUGAAUUUCCAUAUUUCAAAUUUCAACCACUGUUAGAAACAUGGUACUGUGGAAAAUUUUUGUUGCAGCUGGCCUUUAAGUAAUAAUUAGCAAUUCUAUAGACGCUUUGCAGCACUGCAGCAUAGACGCAGCCACAUUUGAUCACAUGGGCAUGCUAACAUAAGUGGCCUUGUACUUGGAAAGGCUGGUCACGGAGCUGCUGUACGGCAGAGGAAGAGUAAUACUUUUCAAAAGCACUACUAAAUAGAUGACCCUUCGACCAACUGUAUGUCAAUCUAAUAAUGUACAGAACAUGCAGUUAACAAUUCCGAGGCACCAUCUCAGCAUUUUUUAUCAAGUGAUAUUAAUUGCAAGGUGUAUGCUGUGCAUGAUGAAUUAGUUUCUUCACCGAUAAAGGGCUUUUUACCAAUGAAUAUAAAACUCAACAACUCUGGGCUUGCCUGGAUAUGAAAACUCAGCUGCACUGCAUGUGUUUUUUACCUUUCGGAGACAUUUCAUGAUCUGUUGACAUACACGAUUUGCCUCGGUCUGCUUGGCAGAGCAUGCUUACGUCUUCUUAUCUACUUGGUAUUGAUACUAUGGCUAACCAUGCAGAAAGUUGCAAAACUCAUUUCAGAACUCUUUAUAUGCCAUAUGCUAUGGAUAUAUAGCUUGGAGCACAUCAGCAAGUGACAGCUGUUGGAUGCCAUCAUCACAGCUAUAUCAAGUAAACUACACUUGAUCAGCACGUAUCCUUCAUUGACUGUUGGAGUGGGAGCUAAGCAAGGUUUAAAUAGGAAAGCAGCAUGCUUUGGAAUCUACUGGAGCUAGCCUUAGGCGCUUCAUUCCUUUAUAGUUAGUAAAAUGCAUUACACCCUCUAUCUCUAUUUCUAGGCAGUUGCACCUGUCUUCAAAUAAUGCAACUAUUGUGGGUUUAAGAGUAUUCUUGGUCAGUACAGAAAGGCGAGGUGUAACAGUUGAACUACUCGCUGCCAUGGAUAAGCCAUACCAUCGAUACAGUAUUGCCGCCCUAAUGUUUCUUCAAUUGCAAUGUGUUUAAGGUGGAAAGAAAUUUCCUAUAUGUAAUAAUAUUGCACUGACCAUAUGCGCAUAACUGUGUAGAAAUAGUGCAAAAGUCAUGGAAAGCGAUGCAAGAGUAGUGCUCAGCUGCGUACCAUGCAUAAUACUACUGUACAUAGAGAUGUCAUUUUCACGAUGCAUAGUGAUACAGAAGCCAAAAUUGGUCAUUUCUCUGUAGGUCUGCAAUCCUUGGCUACGAUUUUGUUGCGUCGCCUUUUUUGAUGCUAAUGCCUUUCGGCGCUUUUCGCGUUAGUGGGUAGUCAAGAGACGCUCCACACCGGGUAGAGCUUCACUUGACUGCUCGCAAACGCGAAGGAAAACGGGAUUACUACAAAAUCCUGGCCCUUCACUGCUGGAUGAACUUAUCUAUUUAUAGUAAGCAGCCAUCUUUAUGCAGCAAAUGACGAUGGCCUUUGCUCAGACAUGAGCUCUGUGCUUUGGUAAGGCCAUCAAUGCAUGUUGGUGGGCUUACAGAGAAAACUAGACCGAGACUCGGCUACUCCUCGUUACAACUUCUUUUCUCUCACAGUGCCUGCCUGUAUAUAUUUAUUCUCCUUUUUCUACAAUGCAAUUACAGCAAGCAUAGCUUUUUCUUCAACUCAUUAUAUUUCCUUAUCAAAUGCCCCCCCCCCCCCCCCCCCCCCCCCACACACACACACACACACACACAGACACAGCGGAUGGUAAACUGCACAUCCAGUUGCCCUUGCCACACAUUUUAGCCCUGCACAAGGCCGACAAUGGAAGGAGGUGUGCAUGCAACUGGUGUCGCCGUCUGAUUUCCAAUGUGCAAACUGCUUGCUGCAAAGUGUUUAUAGCAUGCAUUGUUUCUGUUGGCCAUGGAUUAAAUGACCUUGCUCUGGCUGUGUUGGGUUUUGUCACCUGGAGACAGAAUCUGUUUUGAAAAUUACAUUGAUGAGAAUGUAGUAGUAAUGAGUGCUUGGUGCAACUUGAUAUUGUUAUGUGCGCAUUGGCGCAAGUGCAGAAGAACUUUUGAUUUUGUAUGCAACUACAAAAGCUUUGUUCAAAAGCAUGCCUACAUGAUUCAGUAGAUCAGUUCCCCAUUGUUUUCUCGACUAGUGCUGGAUACAAGAAACAGCACAGCGAGGGUGGUUAUGGCAGUUUACUAGACUGAAAUGUAGUGUAUGAAAAAAAAAAGGACAUACAGGUUAACACAUUCUAGAUUGAUGUCUGUGUUAACUCACUUCAAAGGUAUAGGUUGUAUAAAAAACCCAUUAUCUAGGACAGCAUAGCAUUGUAUUUGUGGUUGGAGCUGUACUAGCGCAAAUAUUAUGGUACUCUUGUACUAACAAUAGUGUGAAUAGGUGCUGUCCUGUCAUGAAAUGUUGACAUGGCUUCUAGGAAUCUUCCAAUGACCGAGCUUAUAGGUCUAGUCUUUACAAAAGUGUACAUAUGUGUACAUUAAACAAAUUUCAUUUUCAUAAUGCUGUUCUGCAGCUCUCCACAUGUAUUAGUGACAUGCUGUAGACCCCUAGUUUGUCUUCCAUGUUUCAAAGCGGUUAAGAUGUAUCGUGUCAGUUCUUGCUUAAAUGUGGAGCUGGAAAAUUGCAAUCUUUGUAUGAAAAUAAACCUAUUGGGUUGAUUAUUUGUUUUGUUCA